AGAAAAAGGCGCAUUUCCGAUGAUGAAGUCUGCGAUGGAGGCGCAGAGUUUUUGGGCGUUGAUGUUAGCAGUGGCGGCGUUGCUUCCGGCGGCGCGUGGCGUGUGGCUGAACAUGCCGAGUUCGGGGUGGAAGUGCGUUUACGAGGAAUUGCAGACCAACGUCGUCGUUUUGGGCGAUUACCAUUCAUUCUACGGUGACGGCGAUCAUAAUUACACUAUACAUCCAACCCUCACCAUUAAGGUGUCAUCCCCACACGGAUCUAAUCUGUAUAAGAAAGAGAAGUCGCGGCAUGGCCGAUUUGCCUUCACGGCCAGCGAGCCAGGGACCUAUGCAGCAUGCCUCACAGUCGUCAACGAUGAUCACAAUGGUAACACAGUCACGGUCGGCUUAGACUGGAAAACUGGGGUUGCUACUAAGGAUUGGGACUCUGUUGCAAAGAAGGAAAAAAUUGAGGGUUUGGAUCUUGAGAUGAAAAAGCUUCAGGAGUAUGUGCAGGCCAUCAAAGAUAACAUGAAUCGUUUGAUGAGCAAGGAUUUGGGGAUUAGGUAUGCGAGUGUUCAAACAAACACCCAUGUGGCGCGGUACAGCCAGGCAUCUCUCGUUCUCUGCAUCGUUGUUUCAGCUCUCCAGUUGUUGUAUUUGAGGCGAUACUUUCGCAAGAAAAAACUCAUUUAGACAAACACAAUAUUCAAUCAUCCAGAGAUUUAGGAAAGAGUUUAGUGCAGAAAAGGGCAAGAGUUUUAUGUGACAUUUGAUACAUUUGCUUCAAUUAUUUCAGAAAUUUAUAUCUAUGGAAUUCAGAAUCAAUUAAUCUG